CUAGUGUAGUGUCGUGCAGUGUGUGUCCCUGUUCGGUUGCCUGGGAAGCCCCUAGUACGGAGUGGAGCUGCCAACGCCCGACGCAAAAACACCAUUGGGAGAUACGGUAUUGAAUGAUUUGUGAAGAAUGCAGACCAUCAAGUGUGUUGUAGUUGGGGAUGGCGCAGUGGGUAAAACCUGCCUGCUCAUCUCGUACACCACAAACAAAUUUCCCUCUGAAUAUGUCCCUACAGUGUUUGAUAAUUAUGCUGUGACUGUAAUGAUUGGAGGCGAGCCCUACACACUGGGCUUAUUUGAUACCGCAGGUCAGGAAGACUAUGACAGGUUAAGACCUCUGAGUUAUCCCCAGACAGAUGUGUUCCUUGUGUGUUUCUCCGUUGUGUCCCCCUCAUCAUUUGAAAACGUAAAAGAAAAGUGGGUUCCAGAGAUCACACACCAUUGUCCAAAGACCCCCUUCCUGCUAGUCGGCACCCAGAUUGAUUUACGGGAUGACCCCUCAACUAUAGAGAAGCUGGCAAAGAACAAGCAAAAACCUAUUACUCCGGAGACAGCAGAGAAGCUUGCGAGAGACCUCAAGGCUGUGAAAUAUGUGGAGUGCUCAGCCCUCACACAGAAAGGCCUAAAGAAUGUGUUUGAUGAGGCGAUAUUGGCUGCAUUGGAGCCCCCAGAGCCCAAGAAGAAGCGCAAAUGUGUGCUGCUAUGAAAAGCCCAUCGUUUUCAAAGCAUACAUGUCUAACACGUACUUUUGCAUAAUACAUAUUGCCCACCCCACCCCGCCCAACCACCUUUCCAUGACUCUGCUAAGGCUGAUAGACCUCCAAAGGCACGACUAGAACGAUUCCGGCCGACCCAAGUUUAACUGUCUUUGCAAUAAGGAGCUUCACCCCUAAGUGGUCUGAUUUGGGGGUCGCAGCUUAUGCAGCAGGCUUUGCACAGACUGAUGGGGAUUCAGAUAGCCAGCUUAUGUACGUGUAGAAUUAUUCAGCUUUUCAGUAGAUUUGUCCAAAUGCAACCAGUGUUGUGGCCUGAUCUCUCUCUCACUCGCUAUUAAAUGCCCUGCCCAAGCGCGUUCCGGUAGUUGUCUUCAGCCAUGGUGGAGUCCCGCCCCCGGCCAGCCCUUCCUAAUUGUCUCGGCACCACCAGAAAAAAGGCUCUCCUUGGUAUUCCCUUUGCGGUUACUGGUUGUUUUGGUUUUGUUUGACAACCCCCCCCCCCCCCAACACUUGAUAGUUUGACUAAUAUUUAUUACUUGUUCCACACAUUUAACCACUAAGGGGACUGUCGGCAAUGCAGUCAGUAGUCCGCUCCGAAGUUGAAUUCAACGAUGUUAUCUCACAUUAUUCACUUUAUUUAUCUUGAGUUGUUUACGGCGAGGAGACGACUGGUUGAAAUCUUGCCACAUGAAUUUGCCCUUAAAUGCAGGGAACUUGAACAGUGUUAUGAAACGUGCUCCUCAUGCAUUUUAGAGUGCAGCGAGAGCUUUCGCCCAUGGCGGGCGCUGUAACUGUCACCUCCCACUUGAAAUCAAAUCCUCCCUCCCUCCCUCCCUCCCUCCCUCCCUCCCCCCCCUCACGUACACAGGAUGAACAAAAACGAGAGGUUCUUUCCGCCAACUCCAGCCUUUGAGAUGCGGCUUGCCGAGUGUCUGCUUCCAAUGUUACCUUCCUUCUGGUGUGGCGUUUGCUAUUUAGUCUCCAACAUUCCAAAACACAAACAUGUGAAUUGAAUUGAAGACUCUAAAUUGCCCGCCCGCAAGAUGAAUGAACGCGCGUGUGAAUAGUGGCAUGUAGUCAGUCCAGAGUCCGAUGAGCUAAACGCAAAAUGGAUGAUGCUCAACCCUCUAAACUGGCGGUGGGUGAGAUGGCAGGCGUUCUAUUUUUAGCCCGAUAUUUUCACCACUUUUGUUAAUAGCACACAUUUUGUCUCCCAUCCAUCCCCUCCCUAUUGUUUUACUUCUAAAUAAUAUAAACAUUAUACCUGCCAUUCCAUAAGCAAGAAAACACUGCUUGGUUUUGCCCAGUAACACCUUUUCGGGCAGAGAGACUGUUUGAUUAGGUUGGUGGCUUCGAGUUGGGUUGAAAUACAUACAGCCCAUGUCAGUAUCAUUACUAUAACCUGUUGUUUUGGUGAAAAACCAAAUGCUUUUGUCAAAGGUCUUCAUUCUUUGUAUGAUGCAUUCUUAAAAUUAUUAAACUUAUACCUUAAUUGCCUUUA